GAAACAAACAAAACCGAAAAUUAUGAGAGAGAGAAUGACAGAUGGAUGAAGAAGAAAGAUGAGGAUGAGAGAGAUAUAGCCAGCUUCAUGAUUUGUCUCCCCGACCGAUAUUAUCUCUUCCUAAUUUCUGUCUGAAUUCUUUUUUUUCUUGUUUGAAGAACUUUUCUACUAGCUCCCCCCGAUCAUCAUCAUCGACUCAUCCUCCUCCUAGGCGAAUGGAGGACUUAAAAAAUCCUACUGACAGUGGAGAUAUUGUUAGUGAUAAUGCUGCAACAUUAAAUCCUGAUUUGGUCGAAUCGGCCAGUACUCGAGAAUCUAACUUACAACAAUCAGUUUCAAAGGUUGAUGAUAAUAUACCACAAUCUCAAACCGAUAAUGAAGAUUCUGUUUCUGCUUCUGAUGCUGCAACUGCUGCGGUGUUAACCGAAAAAGAUAUUUCGAGUACAACAACAACCGUAGAAGAACAAGUGUCAGAGCUAAAUGAGAUUGGUUUACCUAAUGUAAAGACUCUGGUUGGUACGGCAACAAAUGAUGGGUCACCUACAACUGGGACGCCGAAAAAGGUGGACUCACAUAGAGGUAUAAUCGAUAACGCUGCACCUUUUGAAUCUGUUAAAGAAGCUGUCUCCAAAUUUGGUGGAAUUACUGACUGGAAGUCUCACCGAAUGCAAGCAGUAGAGAGGCGCAAGCUUAUAGAAGAAGAGCUUAAAAAGAUCCAUGAUGAGAUUCCUGAGUACAAAACACAUUCAGAAACCGCCGAGGCUGCAAAACUGAAAGUUCUCAAGGAGCUAGAAAGCACAAAGAGACUCAUAGAACAGUUGAAGCUUAACUUGGAAAAAGCACAAACAGAAGAACAACAAGCGAAGCAAGACUCAGAGCUUGCUAAGCUAAGGGUUGAGGAGAUGGAACAAGGAAUAGCUGAAGACGUCAGUGUUGCAGCUAAAGCUCAGCUUGAGGUGGCCAAGGCAAGGCAUAACGGAGCCGUUACAGAGUUGUGCUCUGUCAAGGAUGAGUUAGAGACUCUCCACAAGGAAUAUGAUGCUUUGGUGCAAGACAAAGAUGUGGCGGUAAAGAAAGUAGAAGAAGCAACGUUGGCUUCAAAAGAAGUUGAGAAGACUGUUGAAGAACUCACCAUAGAGCUGAUAGCUACAAAAGAGUCGUUGGAAUCAGCACAUGCUUCUCAUUUAGAGGCGGAAGAACAGAGGAUUGGAGCAGCCAUGGCUAGAGACCAGGAUACUCACCGCUGGGAGAAGGAACUUAAGCAAGCGGAAGAUGAACUUCAAAAACUUAACCAACAGAUACAUUCUUCCAAGGACCUUAAAUCAAAGCUUGACACUGCCUCAGCGCUGCUUCUUGAUUUGAAGGCAGAGUUGGUUGCUUAUAUGGAAUCCAAGCUAAAACAGGAAGCGUGUGACUCAAGCACCACAAACAGCGAUCCUUCAACAGAUUUACAUACAGCUGUUGCCUCUGCAAAGAAGGAGCUUGAAGAAGUCAAUGCCAAUAUCGAAAAAGCAGCUGCUGAAGUGAACUGCUUGAAACUAGCCUCCUCUUCCCUGCAGCUUGAACUGGAGAAAGAGAAGUCUGCUCUUGCCUCAAUCAAACAAAGAGAAGGAAUGGCUUCCAUUGCAGUAGCUUCUUUAGAAGCUGAAAUUGAAAGAACAAGAUCGGAGAUUGCUUCAGUUCAGUCAAAGGAGAAAGAAGGGAGAGACAAAAUGGUGGAGCUACCAAAGCAACUUCAGCAAGCAGCAGAAGAGGCUGAUGAAGCAAAGUCGCUUGCUGAAGUUGCUCGUGAGGAGCUACGAAAGGCGAAAGAAGAUUCAGAUCAAGCCAAAGCUGGAGCAAGUACAAUGGAGAGCAGGCUAUUCGCUGCUCAGAAAGAAAUCGAAGCAGCUAAAGCUUCAGAGAGGCUAGCCUUAGCCGCGAUCAAGGCUUUGGAAGAGAGUGAAUCAACAACACUGAAAGAGAAUGCUCCACAAAGCGUUACACUUUCAUUAGAAGAGUACUAUGAGCUCAGCAAACGCGCUCACGAGGCAGAGGAACUGGCGAAUGCAAGAGUAGCAGCAGCGGUUUCAAGGAUCGAGGAAGCUAAAGAAACAGAAACGAGAAGCUUGGAGAAGUUGGAAGAGGUGAACAGAGACAUGGAUGCGAGAAAGAAGGCUUUAAAAGAAGCAACUGAAAAGGCUGAGAAAGCUAAAGAAGGGAAGUUGGGGGUGGAACAGGAGCUCAGGAAAUGGAGGGCAGAGCAUGAACAGAAGAGAAAGGCUGGUGGUGAUGGAGUCAACAACACUGAGAAAAGUCACCAAAGAGAUAGUAGCUUUGAAGGAGGAGGAAAUGAGUUGAGUAAGUUGGAGAAAUCAUCACCUGAGGAGGCUGCUGUUUAUGCCUCUAGCCCAAGUGACUCAUAUGGAACAGAAGAUAACGUCUCUGAAACCAAUCAGUCACCACAGACUAAGUCUGGAAAGAAAAAGAAGAAGCUCUCUUUCCCCCGCUUUUUUAUGUUCUUGUCUAAGAAGAAGUCACAUAAUUCAAACAUCUAAUUCGCUUUUUCUGUCUCAUCUGUUGGAACUUUGAUUUCAGAAACAAGUCCACUCGAACAAGUAUUUGUGAUGUAAAUGGUGUUCUUUUUCUUUUGUUCCA